AUGAGACCCUCGGCCAUCCUCCUGGCUGUGGCUCUGGCCGCCGUCCUGGCUCCCGGGGCCGGGCUGCCCGUCGGCCAGCGGGGCCCCCGGAACAAGCUGCUCCUGGUGUCCUUCGACGGUUUCCGCUGGGACUACGACCAGGACGUGGAGACCCCCAACCUGGACGCCAUGGCGCUUGACGGCGUGAAAGCCCGCUACAUGACCCCCGCCUUCGUCACCAUGACCAGCCCCUGCCACUUCACCCUGGUCACCGGCAAGUACAUCGAGAACCACGGCGUGGUCCACAACAUGUUCUACAACACCACCAGCAAGGUCAAGCUGCCCUACCACGCCACGCUGGGCAUCCAGAGGUGGUGGGACAACGGCAGCGUGCCCAUCUGGAUCACGGCCCAGAGGCAGGGCCUGCGGACCGGCUCCUUCUUCUACCCCGGCGGGAACGUCACGUACCAGGGCACGGCCGUGACGCUGAGCCGGAAAGAGGGCAUCCUGCACAACUACAAGAACGAGACGGAGUGGAGGGCCAACGUCGACACGGUGAUGCGGUGGUUCACGGAGGAGGGCCUGGACCUGGUCACGCUCUACUUUGGGGAGCCGGACUCCACGGGCCACAGGUACGGCCCCGACUCCCAGCAGAGGAGGGACAUGGUGAAGCAGGUGGACAGGACCGUGGGCUACCUGCGCGACGGCAUCAGGCGCAGCGGCCUGGAGGACGGCCUCAACCUCAUCGUCACGUCCGACCACGGCAUGACCACCGUCCACAAGAAGGCCGGCGACCUGGUGGAGUUCCACAAGUUCCCCAACUUCACCUUCAAGGACAUCGAGUUCGAGCUGCUGGACUACGGCCCCAACGGGAUGCUGCUCCCCAAGGAGGGGCGGCUGGAGGCCGUCUACCAGGCCCUCAAGGACGCGCACCCCAGACUCCACGUCUACAAGAAGGAGUCCUUCCCCGAGUCCUUCCACUACGCCAACAACCCCAGGGUCACGCCCCUGGUCAUGUACAGCGACCCCGGCUACGUCAUCCAUGGGAGGCUGAACGUGCAGUUCAACAACGGGGAGCACGGCUUCGACAACCAGCACACGGACAUGAAGACCAUCUUCCGGGCCGUGGGCCCCAGCUUCCGCAAGGGCCUGGAGGUGGAGCCCUUCGAGAGCGUCCACGUGUACGAGCUGCUGUGCCGCCUGCUGGGCAUCGUGCCGGAGGCCAACGAUGGGGCCCUCAGCACCCUGCUGCCUAUGCUCACGCCCGAGGCCGGCGGCACCCCGUCACCCACACCCCACGCAGGAACUUCGGGAGUCCCCGGCACGCUCUCGACGCCUGUCACCAGCGCAGGAGGGAGACCAGGGCCCGCCCUCCUGCCCCUGACCACAGGGGUGCUGCUGGCUGCAGUGCUCCUGGCCAAGGCCGCGUAGUGCCCCCAGUGCGCAAGGCCCACCGGGAAGCGUCAGAAGCCGCCAGGGAGGCCCGGAGCCCGCCCUCCUGCUGCGAUGGACUGGACACCGCGGACCUGGUCUCCCGGCGGCCAGGGACCCCGCAGCCCCAGCCCAUGCCGGUCGUCACGGGGCCGGCGGUGUGCCCCUGCCCGAGUCUGGGCUCUGCAGACACACGGGCUGGCUGGGGGGCGGUGCACCUCCCCGCCCGCAUCCUUCUGGCCCUGCCCACCCCGCCCUCCCCCUCUGCCAGAGGGUUGGGUGCCGGUGCCCUGCCCUCCUGUCGGGGCCUCCAGUCUGGGAGGGGGGCCGGGGCGGGCAGGGCCGGCCUGUGCCCCUCGCGCUCUGGCCGGGAAGCACCCCGAGGGGAAUAAAGGACAAGUCUGGUGGUCAUGAGCCACCCUGGCCAGUGUGGGUGCCACUCUCUCUGACACCUGCCGCUUCCUCCCGUCCCACCCGGGGGCCCUGGUGUAUGAUAAGUUCCCAGUUGCUUGGAUCGAAA